CGCGCGCGCGGUGGUCGCAGGUACGCGGACAAGAUGGCGGCGGCAGCAGUGGUCGACUGCGCGAUGGAGGUGGUGCCGGCGCUGGCGGAGGAGGCCGCGUCAGAGGUGGUGGGCUUCAGCUGUCUCGUCAACCUGCCCGGCGAGGUGCUGGAGUACAUUCUGUGCUGCAGCUCGCUGACGGCCACCGACAUCGGCCGCGUGUCUAGCACCUGCAGGCGGUUGCGCGAGCUCUGCCAGAGUAGCGGGAAGGUGUGGAAGGAGCAGUUCCGGGUGAGGUGGCCUUCUCUGAUGAAACACUACAGCCCCACCGACUACGUCAAUUGGUUGGAGGAGUAUAAAGUUCGGCAGAAAGCUGGUCUAGAAGCCCGGAAGAUAGUAGCCUCAUUUUCAAAGAGGUUCUUUUCCGAGCACGUCCCUUGUAACGGUUUCAGUGACAUUGAGAACCUUGAGGGGCCAGAAAUAUUUUUUGAGGAUGAACUGGUGUGUAUCCUCAAUAUGGAGGGAAGGAAAGCUUUGACCUGGAAAUACUAUGCAAAGAAAAUUCUUUAUUACCUACGACAACAGAAAAUAUUAAAUAACCUCAAGGCUUUUCUUCAGCAGCCUGAUGAUUAUGAAUCAUAUCUUGAAGGUGCUGUGUAUAUUGACCAGUACUGCAACCCUCUCUCCGACAUCAGCCUCAAAGACAUCCAGGCCCAGAUUGACAGCAUUGUAGAGCUCGUUUGCAAAACCCUGCGGAGCAUAAACAGUCGCCAUCCCAGUUUGGCCUUCAAGGCAGGCGGAUUCUCCCUGAUCACGGAGAUAGAACUGCAGAGCCAAGUGUUGGAUGCCAUCAACUACGUCCUUUACGAUCAGCUCAAGUUCAAGGGGAAUCGAAUGGAUUACUACAAUGCCCUCAACUUAUACAUGCACCAGGUUUUGAUCCGCAGAACCGGGAUCCCGAUCAGCAUGUCUCUUCUGUAUUUGACAAUUGCCCGGCAGUUGGGAGUCCCCCUGGAACCUGUCAACUUCCCCAGUCACUUCUUGUUAAGAUGGUGCCAAGGUGCAGAAGGAGCGGCCUUAGACAUCUUCGACUACAUCUAUAUCGAUGCUUUCGGGAAAGGCAAGCAGCUCACAGUGAAAGAAUGUGAAUACCUGAUCGGGCAGCACGUAACAGCCGCCCUCUACGGAGUGGUCAACGUCAAAAAGGUGCUGCAGCGAAUGGUGGGAAACUUGCUGAGCCUGGGAAAGCGGGAAGGCAUCGAUCAAUCGUACCAGCUCCUGAGGGACUCGCUGGAUCUCUACCUGGCAAUGUACCCGGACCAGGUGCAGCUUCUCCUCCUCCAAGCCAGGCUUUACUUCCACCUGGGGAUCUGGCCAGAAAAGUCUUUCUGUCUUGUCUUGAAGGUGCUUGACAUCCUCCAGCACAUCCAAACCCUGGACCCCGGGCAGCACGGGGCAGUGGGCUAUCUGGUACAGCACACUUUAGAGCACAUUGAGCGCAAAAAAGAGGAGGUGGGCGUGGAGGUCAAGCUGCGCUCCGACGAGAAGCACAGAGAUGUCUGCUUCUCCAUUGGGCUCAUUAUGAAACAUAAGAGGUACGGCUAUAACUGUGUCAUCUAUGGCUGGGACCCCACCUGCAUGAUGGGACACGAGUGGAUUCGGAACAUGAACGUGCACAGCCUACCUCAUGGCCAUCACCAGCCUUUCUAUAAUGUGCUGGUGGAGGACGGCUCCUGUCGGUAUGCAGCCCAAGAAAACUUGGAAUAUAAUGUGGAGCCUCAGGAAAUCUCACACCCUGAUGUCGGACGCUAUUUCUCAGAGUUUACCGGCACGCACUACAUCCCGAAUGCAGAGCUAGAGAUUCGGUAUCCAGAAGACCUGGAGUUUGUCUAUGAGACGGUGCAGAAUAUUUACAUUGCAAAGAAAGAGAACGUCGAGUAAAGUCACGUAGAGGGCAUUGCACCUUUGCGGCUGCGGCUGCGCUGCCACCCUCCGAGAGAACAGGAUUCCGGAAGAAGAUGGUGCCAUGGAGUCCUCUGCUCUCACGCCACCAUUAGUGCCGGCUGCCUCCUCCUGAGUU